AUGGCUGCCAGACGAGGCUUGGGACUGCUCGGACUGCUCGCACAGACACGGACGACCGCACACGCCGUUCCCCAGCGACUCGCGCCGUCUCUCGUCGCCCACUCGUCCUCGUCCUCGGCACGCCUCACAUCGCCGACCUCGACGACUCCGCCGCGCCCGCAGUCGCCUGCAGGGCUCCAGCGACCGCAGAAACACAAGGCGAAGAAGUCCAAGUCGGGCAAGGAGCAGCCGUGGCGGAAAACUCGGCAAUCCUUCGACGCUCCGCUCUUGCCCGUAGGAUUGCGCACUCGGUCUACAGGAUGGGAGAGGCCGGCGGACGGCAAGGUGAUCGCGUUGACGACCGCCGAGUCGUACAACACGACCGAGCUGCUGCGCACCCUCCAGGACCAAGGUCUCCUCGAGGGCGCAGUCAACCUUCUCGGCGAAGCCAUCCUCCUUCCACGCUGGUCGCCCGCCUCAGCGACCUUCUUCGACCCGGACAACCUCCUCAGCGACCCGGCGCAGCAAGAGUCGGGCGAGGUGUACAUCUUCGAGAGCGGGACGAUCGUCCUCUGGGGACUGUCGAUGCAGGCGGCCGAGACGUUCUUGCGGAAAGUCAUUCGCGGAGGGUCGCAGAAGUUUGGCUUCGUCGAGAUCGGACGGUAUGGCGAGCCGGAGACGGAGGUGCUGGAGUACUGGGUCGGGAACGGCUCAACCCGCAUGGCUGGUGACUCCAUCAUCCUGUCAUCCGCACCCUCGGCCGCCGCGCCCAGCUCCGACUCCUCCUUCCCCUCACUCCAGACCCUGAUCUCGACGCAACCCGACGCCUCGCAUCCCAUACCUCCGAGCAAAGAGCUGCUCGAACGAUUGGCUUUUUCGGCGGGUAUGGCGAGGGUGACGAAGCUUGGCGUGUACGAGGAGCAGUUUGAUGCGUUUGCGGAGGGAGUCGCGAGGAUUCCGAAGCUGCUCGAGACGGGCUCGGAAGCGCCGGUCAAGAAGACAGACAUCAUCAAGCGAUUCGGCACGCUACACUCGUUCCGACAAAAGCUCAACCUGGAGGACGAGAACCUCCUCGACGAGCCAGAAUUCCUGUGGGAGGACGGUGACUUGCAUGGUCACUACACGGCUAUCUGCAAAGCGCUCGAGUUUGAGAACCGCCUAAGAACGCUGAACGACCGAGUCGACUACGCCUUCUCGCUCCAGACGACCCUGAUGGAGCUUCUCAACGCGCGGGUAUCGCACCGUCUCGAGUGGAUCAUCAUCAUUCUCAUCGCCUUCGAGAUCUCGCUCGUCCUGUAUCGCGAAGGCCUGCCCUUCCUGAACUCGCACUCGGAGGAAGACCCCUCUCGCGCUGCGUCCGUCUAG